AUGGUGGGCGCGGGGCGCGGGGGCCCGCGUCACGCCGAGCAGCGGGCAGGGCGCGCGGCGCCCUCCAUCCACGCCCGGCCGGGGCGCGAGGCGGCGGCGGCGGGCGCGGGGACCCCCGGGCGGCCCCGCGGGCCGGGGGAGCGGCGGGGCGGCGGCGGCGGCGUUGGCGGCGGCGGCAGCUCGGAGCCGGUGGGCGCAGCCGCGCGCCAGGCCGGCGGUCGGGGUUUGGGGGAGUCUGGAGUCGGGAGUGAGGAGUUGAGGAAGGAGCGCUCGAGUUUCCGAGGGACAUUGGAACGCGGAGCUGUCCGUCACGGGCUCAUCUGCAUAUUCGGGCGCCCGCCCCCUCCCCUGCUCCGCCGGCUCCGCCCGCUCCCGCUGUCUGGCCGCGGCCGGGGGAGGGGCGGGGACGCCGGGGGUGGGGCGGGCGGAGGGGCGGCGGGAGCGAGAGGCAGGACGCGCAGGCUUUUGUGGCUCAGUCGCCUCUCGCGCAGCCCCGGCCCCCGGCCCGCAGCCCGGCCGCACCGGGCAGUGCGCGCUCCCUCUUCCCACUCGCGCGGACUCCCGGCGCCCGCCCCCGCCCCCCCCCUCCCGGCCGCCCCCCACGCCCCCGCCCGCCACUCUGCCCCCUCCCACUGCCCCGCCCCCAGAUCGGCCCGCAAGGACCCGCGCAGAGGCCGCCCGCUGCCACUUGGGGUGGGGGGGGGUGGGGAGACGAGCGGCCCGGGCCCCCCUCACCGGCCGCGUACUGCGCGCCGGACUCUCGUGCCCGGAUCGGAGCUACGGGUGAUGCGGCGGGAGUGCGGCGCCAUGGCCCGAGUCCUCCUGCGGGCGGCGUGCGCGGCUCUCACGCCCACCUCCCCCGGUUCGUCCUUGCUUGCUGCACGGGGCGAGCCUCCACGCGGGGCCUCGCAGCUGGCCGCCGGCCCCGCGCCGCCCCGGCGUGUCCCCGCGGGACCCGGAUCCCGGGCGCUUUCGUCGCGAGCCGCCAGGAGGGCCCUGAGCACUCGGGGGAAACGAUCGUCACCGGACACACCGCCUCUGGCAGGACGUGGAGCCUCGCUGUCACUCGGGAAGGGACGAGACAGUCACGGGCCGGGGGCGCGGGCGGCGCACGCGGCUGCCCAGGUAGCGCAGAACAGGCUGCAAAUGCGGAGGCUCGACGCGAUGGCUGGGCGCGCGGCCGCCUGCGAGGGUGGCCUGGAAUCCUGCAACUGCGUCUCGGGUCACCGCGGGGAGCUCCCGGACCCCGCGGCCGUCGCUUUCGGGGAGCAGGACCUGGAUGCUCCGCUCACGGGCGAGGAGGCUGUUCAGGCCUGUGGAGCGCUGGAGUCUGGACGGACACGGCCUCUGUCACUUUCGGUUGCCCUCCUCACUGGGAUGGAAGAGAAAGAGCCGGCGCGCAGGCCAACCGGUGGCCGGUGCUUUUGGAACGAGUUGGCGAGGACACUCGUGUUUCCGGGAACCGCGGUUUCCUGGAGGCCGAGCUCUGGGGAACGGCGGCCUGGGGCUCUAGGUCCUCAUCGGAAAGCAGCGGUGGCGCAGACCGAGGCGCCCUCCACUCCUUUCCCGGGACUCCCGGGAGGCGGGAAGGCCCAGCGGCAACGCGGCCCGAAGUCGUGCGCACGGGCGGCGAGGGGGCGCUGUGGCCCGCAGAUGCCGCCUCGUCCCCGCCGCGGUGGGCCUGGCGCCGUCCCCGGCCACUGAGGGCGCCCCGGCCCGGCCUCCCCCACGUCGAUUGCAUUCGGGGCAAACGGACAGCAACCCUGGAGCGUUUGAAUAAAGCCUAGCCGAGCCCGGCUUCUCUCUCUC